AUGACCUCUCGGGAGGACAUGAAGGUCAUGGCCACUGCCACAAGUGAAUGUACUGACAACACUUCCCAGGGAGUGGACACCCUACAUUUGCUGGACCGAGGCCUCCACUGGCUGCUGAAUUUGGGAGACAGGGCUGGAGGCACCUGCUGGGCCACCGUGUGCCAGACUGCAGGAGGAGCAGGUCACAUUGUGUUCUUUGUGAAAAGUGUCCCUGGAGGGUUCAAGAACCCAGUUCUGCAGGACCCUAUCCCGCCCAACCCUCUCAAGUUUAACAUCCUGCAGAAGGUAUCCACCCUCAAGGAUGGUGACUUCGUCUUGACUGAAAGCACCGCCAUCUUGAUUUACUUGAGCUUUAAGUACCAGACGGCAGACCACUGGUACCCAUCUGAACUUUGGGCCCGUUUUCAUGCCCACAAGUACCUGGGAUGGCAUGCUGACUGCAUCCGUGAUACCUCUGGCGUGCCCUUGUGGACCCAGGUGUUGGCACCACUCAUUGGAGUCCAUGUGACUGAGGAGAAGGUGGAGCGCAACAGGGCCACCACGGACCGGGCACUGCAGUGGCUGGAGGACAAGUUCCUGGGGGGCUGGGCCUUCCUCAACAGCCAGCAGGUGACGCUGGCUGACCUCAUGGUGCUGGAGGGGCUGGUGCAGUCUGUGGCUCUUGGCUGUGACCUAUUUGAGGGACAGCUGAAACUGGCAGCAUGGCAUGACUGAAUAGGGGCUUUCCUGGGUACUGAUCUGUGCCAGGAGACCCAUGGCCCCAUCUUGAACAUCCUAGAGCAGACGGCUAACAAAACAGUCCUGCAGCCCCCACCAGAACUCUCCCUCUAUAUGCUAUUUUAUAUUUCUAGGAUCCCCUGAGGAAUCUGGAAUAGGGACUGAUGGUUGGAGGCCAGGAGAUUAGCAAUAAAGAUUCAUUCUUAGUUUC